UUUAGGAGGACAGACCGCCUGGUCUGCUCGGGUCGGGUCUGACUGGGACAUGGAGUUCUUGCCCAAACGUGCACCCCAGUGACUUCUACUUCUCCCCUUGUUGCUGCUGCUGCUGCAACCGCCUGCCCCAGAACUGGGCCCGAGGCAGGCCAGCACCGAGGAGUCGGACUGGGUUCAGCUGCCCAGCAAAUGCGAAGGGCACGUCGGACACUUUUGAGACACUGCACAGCCUGGUACUGGUGAUGGACAUUCCCCAUGAGCUGUGGAAUGAGACUUCUGCCGAGGUGGCUGACCUCAAGAAGCAGUGUGAUGUGCUGGUGGAGGAGUUUGAGGAGGUGAUCGAAGAUUGGUACAGGAACCACCAGGAGGAGGCCCUGGCUGAAAUCCUCUGCGCCAACCGUGUGCUGAAGGGAAAGGACACCAGGUGCCUGGCAGAGCAGUGGUCUGGCAAGAAGCGGGACACAGCUGCCCUGGGAGGGGAAAUGUCCAAGAAGAAGAGCAGCAGGGCCAAGGCUUCAGGCAGCAGGAGCAGCAGCAGCAAGCAGAGGAAGGAGUUGGGGGGCCUUGAGGGAGACCCCAGCCCCGAGGAAGAGGAGGGCAUCCAGAAAGCAUCUCCCGUCCCGCACUCGCAGCCCCCUGAUGAGCUUUGCGCUUCACCCAGUUCCUGUACUGAAACUCCAAACCUCAAAGCUGGAGUCUGGGGCACGGCUCCCGCAGGCAAGAUGACUCUCCUACUGGCGUCAGGUCUUCCUGCCUCAGCUGUGCCCUCUUCCUGCCAAGGAAAGACAACAAGCCCCAGGAAGAACUCCAAGCAGCCUUGGUUGGCCUGUGCCAGCUUUUUCCCUCUGCCAAGAAUUCCUCUCCCGACAUGGGUUUCAGGCAGGCCAUGUGGUUUCAGGAUUUCGAGGACUCCAGUGUGAACUCAGGAGGGGCAGGUGUCAGAACUGGGCACCAGGACUAGCGUCCCUCCAGAGCCUGUGAGGAGGGUACAGCCACCUCUACUCCUCUCAUUUCUGCCUCCACAGGAAAUAAAUCUGCAACCCCCACAGCUCCCUGCCCUCCCCGCCCCACCUCCUAUGGACACCUUGUACUCUGCCCAGCUCUCCUUCCCACAGAAGAGGCUCACAGAG